AUGCCAAAACCACGUAAGGGUAGGCAGCAAGAACAAUUGCCACUAGAUCAACUUCUCGGGAUCACUUUACCCCCAAAGACUGUCACCGACUAUCUCCUUGACAAGUACUUCGACGCGGUACAUUGGUUCAUGACCAUAUUCCACGAACCUAGUCUGCGGUUGACGUACGAUAGACUGAUGAGUUCACGGCGCUGCUCGAGAUUGACACUGAAUCGUGCUCGGGUCUUGCUGCUGCUGAUCUGCCUCGGAGCAAAUUAUGCAACUGAAGAUGAGAUUCGUCAAAAGUUUCCGUCGUUCGGCUUGCUUUCGUUUCGGAAACAGUCCUUAGAAAACGUCGAGAGUAGCUUGAAUGAUCUUUUCGACGCCGCUGGUAUCGAGUCGAUACAGGUGUGCGUCCUUCUUGGAAGUUAUCACCUGUAUCAUGGAAAGCCAAACUUAGCAUUCGUCGUUCUCGGAGCUGGCCUUCAGUGUGCGCAGUUGAUGAACCUGCACAAAGAGUCAUCCUGGCGAGGAUUGUCAGAGGUAGCAAAAGAAGAGCGGAGAAGAACCUUCUGGGCAUUAUUUGUGUUUGAUCGGUUUGCAGCAACUAUAUUCGGAAAACCCUGUGGACUACCCCUCGAAGAUAUCGAAGUCAAGAUACCAGAGGUCAUCGGUGACAAAACUGUUCAACAUCCUCAUUUCAAAUCUAUUGCGACAAUGCCAGACGGCUCCGUCGAGCCAGUGACAACAUUCUCAUAUCUGAAGUUCAAGCUGAAGUUUUAUCAAAUAUCUUCUUCUAUUAUUGGGGACUUAUAUUUUCAUCGAAACCCCAAUGUGAUAGAACUAGCCGCGAAGGUAUCACGAAUUCACCAAGAGCUAGUUGAGUUUCACAACGGCCUCCCUCCGGAGCUGAGGCUAGAUGAGCUUUGUUCGACGCCAGACGCACCCGUCACUCCUGAAACACGACCAUUCAUAUUGCAAGCCCUUGCACUACAGGUGGCAUACGACAAUGUCCAGAUUCUACUUCAUCGCCCGCUCCUGUCUCAGGAUUUACAGUAUUUCAAGGAGAUUAAAAGUUCUACUUCCGAUGGCGAAUUAAACACAGAAGCCGCUAGCAGGUCGCGCUCGCCCUCUUCGAGAGACGUUCACCAGGUCCUUCUUUCAAGCCGAGAUCGUUGCUGGGAAUCUGCAAUACGGUCGUCGAACCUGGGAAAACACCAACAAUGCCUCCGUUCCGCUAGGGAAAGUCAUGCAGCCGCCUUCCUGGGCAUCAAUUUGUUCACAGCAGGAAUGGUGCUUUGUGUCAUAGCCCUAUCUCGUCCACUCUCAUCUCAAGCACAGAUUGCUAAGCAGGCAGUGGCGCGUAUAAUGGCCCUUUCCCGCUUUUUGGCUGGUCGAGUUCUCCUCUCGGCGCAAACAACCAAAGUCCUUAGAGAUCUCGUGCGCUUGAUUGGGGAUAAGGAGGUCGACGUCAUAUUAUCUGGAUCCGAAGCGUUUGAAAAUGCAGCUACAGCUACCAUAACGGCAUCAAAGAGCUCAGUGAGACGACCGCCGACCCCAUCUUCAACUGAAAUGACUGCUCCCGUAUCAGAUGAACAAGAUGCCGUAAGUCAACUAUUGGACUUACAAUCGCAGUUCCAGGUACAGCAGCGGCAACAGUCAGGUUCGACUGAUGUCGUCCCAGAGCCACCAGCUUCCACCGACUUCGACUUCUCUGGACUCGAGAAUUUAGACUUCAAUAACGGGCUGUUUACACUCCAGCAAGGUAAGUCCUCGAUAUUGCUGCUGCUGCUGCUCUUCAAGUUUAUUAGAGACAGAAUAACUGAUCUAGCAGCGAUGUUUCCGUCCUCCCUUGUCGGAACACCUGAUAUAAACCAAACAAAUGGUGAGACGGGCCGAAGCGAACCUUGGAAUCCAGAACAAUACAAUGCCGAGCACGGUUUCGUCGAAUCAACUAGUGGCAGUGAAAAUGGCCUUGUUGGGACUGAUUUUAAUAUGAUGAACACAGUCGGCCAAACAUGGCUGUGGGACUCGAUGACCUGGAAUACCUGA